CUGGUUACUGAACCUGUUAAGUUCGCAGUUCUUUAAAUAUACAAGAGAAAUGUACUGUUUAGUAAAUAUAUUUCAGUUUAUACCACUUAGUAAUGUAUGACCUUUACCUUCUGUUCGGAGUGCUCCUCAUCAAAGGUCAUUCUUGCGCCCCUGAGCAGCCUGAACAGGUUGUGGCCUUUGCUGGUGAGAAUGCCGUCUUGCCUUGCAGCUUGAAAAUACACGGCAGUGACGAUGUUCCGACGGUGGAGUGGUCCAAAGUGGCAGAAGGCCUGAAGCCUUGCAUUGUUUUCCUGUACCGUGAUGGCUGCGAGACCUUCGAGAUGAAGGAUCCCGACUUUGAGUACCGGACAAGCCUCAUCAUGAGAGAGGUGAAGAACGGGAACGUCUCAUUGAGGAUCUCAAAUGUGAAGCUAUCCGAUGAGGGGACGUAUCGGUGUUUAAUAAUACAGAAGAACGGAACGAGGGACGAAUCUAAAGUGAAGCUGGUUGUUGUUGCAGUGUCUGAUCCGACGCUUUCAGUGUUUGCUAACAGCGGUGUAGUUAGUCUGGAGUGUGAAGCUCAUUGCUGGAGGCCGGCACCGCUGAUGACUAUUCUGGAUGGUGAAGGAAACUGCAUCACUGAUAAAAAGCCCAAACUAGAAGAAGAUCCUCGAGGAUGCUACAACACCAAGCAAAGUGUCACGCUGCAGGAACCGACUAGCAGGGUUAUCUGCAGAGUUGAGCAGCCACAGAUGAACCAUCUGAGGACUGCAGAGAUCCUCUUUCCAGCUCCCUGCAACGAAUCCAAUACAACCUUCUAUUUGAUAAUUGCCGCACUGGUAGUUUCACUUUGCAUUAAUUUGCUAUUUAUGUCUCUGUGGUUCAUAAAGAAACAAUGCAGAUCUGAUGGGGGGAAACCAUCAGAAUCAAAGAAUAAGUUGGACCAAACCAGGACAAAUGACUCCACUGAAACUAACUCCCUACUCAACCAACAAAUCCUCACUGAAAAUAACCAAAACACAUUCAUUGAGAAUUGCGAUAAAAAGAAUCCGACCGGCAUCCAAAUACAAGACGCCAGUUUUUGGAAACCCCCUGUUUGCCAGGACACCCAGUCUGCACUCUGCCGGAGUUCCACCAACUCUCUGGAUUCCCAUAUAUCCCUAUGUCAAUCAUCGGACCUCAAACCUGAGACUGGACACUCACUUGGGGAUACCAGCCCAAACGAUGCUGGUUCCCAAUCUGAAGAAUCUGUCCAGCUGUCCAAUAGCAAUGGUCCAAAUUCGAGAAACCAAACGCAGAACAGCACUCCAACUUCUUCUUGAUAUUCUUCACAAAGCACUACAACAUCAAGUGUUUGUCAUCGGUUUCUAAGACUUCUUCUUGUCUCACCCCCUCAGCUGACAAUGAAAAACACUCCAUGUUCAUCUGACAGGUGAUCCCUCCAGCCCAACCUGUUCAGAUUAGUGGUCUGUUUAACUCCAGUAGUGUUCAAGAAAAUGUAAAACAGCAGUUUGAACAGUUUUUAAAUUUCUGAGAGCCGGUUCAAUAGGAGUGUUUUUUAUUUAUUUAUUUAUU